AUGGAUGCGAAGGUACGUAUUCUCAAUGCUUGCUCGCUGCCACCUGCGCACCCUCCCCCAAGCAUCGGCCUCGAGCUCGAGAGCAACCUCACUCCGAGCUUCAUGCACGCUGACUCGUCGGAACCUCUCCCCACUCCCGCGCCACUCCGCCCAAUGGACUUUUGUCUCAGCGAAAAGCUAAUCCGGUGUCGCGAGCAGCCUCAGCGCCCCUUGCGCUCUCUGCGCGUCCACAACGAGAACAGUGUGCCUGCUGCUCCCGCUGGCAAGACUAUCCACCAGCGCAAUAAGUCAACGCCCGCGCUCUCGUCGCUUGCCCAGAAUGCUGGCAUCAAGGCUGCUGCGAAGCGUACUGCCUUUGCCGACGUUAGCAACACCACGCGCAACACGCAUUUAGCCAAGGACGAGCCCGUGGCUGCUAAGAAAGACGUGCUCGCUCCCAUCCAGGAAGCGACCAAGCCUGCUGCGAUUCUGCGUCCCGCUCAGCGACCGCUCUCAUCGAUUGCGCAGAAGCCCGCCGUCGCCGAGCCGGUCGCGCCCAAGACCAGUGUCGCCGAGAUCGCACCUCAACCCCUCCACACCAAGAAGACUAUCCCCAAGCGUAGCACGACCGUCUUCAAAGAGAACGCUGCUCCUGUUGAUGCCGAACCGGUCCGUCGCCGUGAGAGGAGCAACACUGCGCCUCAGCUUUCGCCGCCCUCCGAAAAGCUUCACAAGGUUGAAAGCAUCGUCGAGAAGACCGUUGAGGAGAGCGUUACGCUUUCGAGUGAGGAAUCGACCACUAGUCUCGAAACAGCUAUUGCUGCUGAGGAAUGCCACCAAAUCGCCGGCCUUGAUGCCGACCUGCCCGAGGAAGACGACGCCCUUCCUGUCACCGAGGACGAACUUGCCGAGAUUUCGGAAAAGGAAAACGAUGACGCCGAACAGGAGGAGCAGGAUGCGAAGGCAGAGGCCAUUGCGCUUGCUGAGGCAGAGAGGUUUGAAGAGUAUUGGGAUGAGGAAGACGAGGAGUACUACGACGCCGAUGGCUACACCGGAUACACCACACGUUCCCUCAGGAACAGGACCGACAACACUACCGGUGGCGUUACUGUGGUCCUCGCCCCAAGAGUCACCGCGCGCACUCGCCGUGAGCUCGAGGAAGCCGCGAUGUACGUGGACGCCACCAAGACCACCGAGGACAUUGAGGAUGAAGCCUGGGACACGUCUAUGGUUGCCGAGUAUGGCGACGAGAUCUUCGACUACAUGAGGAAACUUGAGGAUCGCAUGAGGCCCAACCCGUUCUACAUGGACAACCAAUCUGAGAUCCAAUGGUCCAUGCGUUCGGUCCUCAUGGACUGGCUGGUCCAGGUACAUCACCGGUUUACUCUUCUCCCAGAGACACUCUUCCUUGCCGUCAACUACGUCGACCGCUUCCUCUCCUGCAAGGUCGUGUCCCUUGGCAAGCUCCAGCUGGUCGGCGCCACUGCGAUAUUCGUCGCGGCGAAGUACGAGGAGAUCAAUUGUCCUUCUGUGUCUGAGAUCGUGUACAUGGUCGAUGGCGGAUACACCGUCGACGAGAUCCUCAAGGCUGAGCGUUUCAUGCUUAGCAUGCUCCAAUUCGAACUUGGCUGGCCUGGUCCGAUGAGCUUCCUCCGCCGCAUCAGCAAGGCCGAUGACUACGACCUUGAGACUCGCACAUUAGCCAAGUACUUCCUCGAGAUCACCAUUAUGGAUGAGCGCUUCGUCGGAUGUGUCCCCAGCUUCCUGGCUGCCGGUGCUCAUUGCCUUGCCCGCUUCAUGCUCAAGAAGGGUGACUGGAGCAAGGCCCACGUUCACUACUCGGGCUACACCUGGUCCCAACUUCGCUCGCUUGUAUCGGUCAUGCUCGAAUGCAGCGAACACCCUCAAAAGCACCACGCCGCUGUCUUCGAGAAGUACGCCGAUAAGCGCUACAAGCGUGCAUCUCUGUUCGUGGAAGCCGAGAUUCAGAAGGGCUUCCAGCUGCCUCAGCAGAAUCAUCGCGACAGCUUCGGCACCGGAUCUUGGCUCCGUAAGUGA